AUGGUCAAGGUUGCAAUUGCUGGAGGCUCUGGAGGUGUUGGCCGAGAGGUUAUCGACGCCCUUAUUGCUGCGAAGAAGCAUACAAUCAUUGUUUUGACCAGAAAGUCUAUACAGGAUACUCUAGCCCAAGAACUUACCCAAGGCAUCACUUGGGUCAAAGUCGACUACAACGACACCACUCAACUAACCAAUGCUCUUCAAGAAGUGCACACCGUUCUCUCUUUUAUCACUACGCAGGAUGAUCCCGGAAGCACCGCUCAGAAGAACCUCAUCGAUGCGGCUGUUCAGGCCGGAGUGAAGCGCUUUGCGCCAAGUGAAUGGACUUCCUCCCGCUUGGACUACCUGGACUGGUAUGCCUACAAAGGCGAAACGCGCCGGUAUCUCCAAGAGCUGAACAAGGAUAAGAAGGUCCUCGAGUAUACCCUCUUCCAACCCGGCGUGUUCGUCAACUAUCUUACCCAUCCACAUCAAUCGGCCCGCCACCUGCCCUCAAUCGCGACCCCCUUCGACUUUGCCAACCGCCGAAUGAUCUUGGUGGACGGGGACGAUGGAACCCGCAUCACCUUGACGGCAGUUCAGGAUAUUGCUAGAGUUGUGGCCAGAGCCGUUGACUAUGAAGGCGAGUGGCCAGUUGUUGGGGGUAUCCAGGGUUCCAACAUCUCCAUCGGUGAAUUUAUUGCUCUAGGGGAGAGAGCUCGCGGUGGGCUCCCAUUUACCAUUGAGCGAGUGAAGGCAGAAGAUUUGGAAGCUGGGAAGUGGGAGACGUCGUGGACACCAACAGUGGAUCAUCCUUCUAUUCCGCCCGAGCAGGCGGCAGUGGCCUCGAAAUAUAUGAGCAGUCGGAUUCUUUUGGCGGUUAAUGCUGGAUCCUAUGCCGUUUCGGAUGAAUGGAAUACUCUGCUGCCUGACUUCGAGUUUACCCCUGUCGAGAAGUUCUUGACUGAGGCGUGGAAAGGAAAGGCUUGA